AUGGAUAAGAAUACAGAUUCAAAUGCAACUCAUAAUCUUUUUAAACAUCAAAGAGCAAUGCUUCAUGAUGUGAUGCAAAUGAACAUCACAUUGGAGAAAAUUUAUGUUGAUAGAGAGGAUGAACAACUCAAAAAUAUUGCACAACUCAAAGAAAUGAGAGAUAGAGAGGACGAGCAACUCAAAAAAAUUGCGCAGCUCUCUGAAAUGAAAGCAAAACAAAAGGAUUUCUAUCUAUCUGAAAUCAAUUCUCUUACUAUUCACAACAAACUAUUAAAAUCUAAACUAGAUUUUAUCUAUGGUGAGAAUCUAGAGAAAAAGGAUAUAAAUGAAACUAUCAAUCUGGAAAAAGAAUUAAAAUCGAUUUUGGAAAAAGUGUCCCAUUACAAGGACACUAAAACAAAAGAAUUACAAAGCAAAGUAAAUCAAUUAGAAGAUAGUUUAAAUUGUAUCAUUUGCUCUGAUCAAGAGAAACGUAUUGCAUUUCUUCCAUGUCGACACAAGACACAUUGCAUAAGUUGUUUUGAUAAACAACCACCAGAAACAUGUCCACUGUGUAGAGGCAAAAUUGAAAACUCCAUGGUACUCUAUUAA